AUGACAUUAAAGAUUAAGGAACACUCACCUUAUACUAGCUUCACAUAUACUACAAUAACAGAAAACCCAGAUACUGUCGAGAGAGUUCAUCACUUGACCCUCCAAUUGUUGGGAAUUUCGUAUGGCUCUACUUGUUUUGCUCUGCUUCCACCUUGUACUCAUCCUCUGUGCUGGUUAUGGAUAUGGGCAAGUUGUCCACAUUCCUUUACCUGUGGCCUUUUUGGGUCUUUUCAUUACCCUUUUACCAAGGCAGAACAACCAGACUGUGGCUUGAUACCUAUACAUGAUUGUGAUCAUUCUCAAUCAAUCCAAAAAAAGAUCCAGCUGGAGGAAAAUGGAAAAUACUUUGUGCUUACAGGCAUCACUCAGCAGGAUGGGAUUUCAAUUUCGGAUGAAGAUUUGCACAAGCGUUUACAAAACAACAUCUGUGACACUUUGAAUAAUAGCUAUAGUCUUCCAUCCCAUUCUCCUUUAUACUCUUGUUAUAUAAAAUAUAAUGUAACACUGUUCCGAUGCAAACAUGGCCUCAAUAUGAAACCCCCACCACAUUAUUUCAAUCACUCAUGCCCUGAGUAUGAUUAUGAUAUCUAUUAUGACAGCCUUUCCUUCCCUAAUAAUGAUGAGGCUCAUAAACUUUUCUCAUCAUGCUCGGUUCUUACGUUAUCGAAAAAGGACAAGCCUGAUACCAGAGACAUUCUAUCGUUUGUAUCUGCUCAGAUGGUUGUUCAAGUACUAUUAUCUAAGGAUUGUGAUGACUGCUAUAAUCACAGAGGAGGUCAAUGUAGUCUUGACCGCGAUCAACAGUUCUACUGUCACGAAGAGAAAUCCGGAAAGAAGAUGCUGGUAGUGGUAACAGGUAGAACACUACAUACUCGAUUAUCAUUUUGUUUGGAUCGACCAUAGUCCACAAAUUAGCAAUUCACUAAAACUAACUGUUGUUUUUAUCAUACACGAGCCAACAUGCAUUUUCCUUGUAUAUUGAAUACAAUUU